AUGCAUGGAAAGGAAUUGAAAACUUAUGGAGUUGUGACGGAGAGAAGGAGAACUCAUUUUGAAACAGUGUAUCAGCGAGAUAAGGGCUAUGAUCCAGUCAUUAGAAUCCCUUGUACUUCUGCUACAGUUUCAUCUAAGGUCAACAUCAUCCAGCCAAUGCUGACAAAUCUGGUAAUAACACCUUCCAAUCCUGCUCACAAUGGCCGUGUAUGCAGUACAUGGGGCAACUUCCACUUCAAGACCUUUGAUGGAGACAUAUUCUCCUUCCCUGGACUCUGUAAUUAUGUUUUUGCAUCCCAUUGCAACACUCCCUAUGAGGAUUUCAACAUCCAGAUUAGGCGCAUAGUGGUGGAAAAUGCUCCAACAAUCAGCCGUAUCACAAUGAAGCUUGAAGGUGUAGCUGCUGAACUAACAAAGGAUGCUGUCAUGAUCAACAGCAACAGAGUUCAACUGCCAUACAGCCAAUCUGGAAUUACAAUAGAGAAGAGCAGCAUUUAUAUGAAAGUUGCCAGCAAAAUGGGUAUUAUGUUGAUGUGGAAUGAAGAUGACAGUGUCCUGCUGGAAUUGAAUGAGAAAUAUGCCAAUCAGACAUGUGGACUUUGUGGGGACUUCAACGGCUUUCCAAUUUACAAUGAGUUCUAUUCAAAUAAUAUUAAGAUGACAGCCUUGCAGUUUGGGAAUAUGCAGAAAAUGGAUGGCCCAACGGAACACUGUGAAGACGCCACUUCUACCCUGACAGCUAAUUGCACUGAUAAUUUUGAUGACAUAUGCCAGAAAACAUUGACCAGCUCUGCAUUUGCUGAGUGUAAUGAACUAGUUGAUGUUAGAGAGUACAUUAUGACUUGCCAAGAAGACUUGUGCUACUCUGAGGAGUCUAAAAACGCCUCAUGCAUCUGUGACACCUUUGCUGAAUACUCCCGGCAGUGUGCUCAUGCUGGUGGGCAUCCUCUGAACUGGAGAACCUCAGUACUGUGCCCCAAGAAGUGUCCUUACAACAUGCAGUACCAGGAAUGCAGCUCCCCCUGUGCUGACACAUGCACCAAUCCUGAAAGAUCUCAGUUUUGUGAAGAACACUGCAUGGAUGGUUGUUUCUGCCCUCCAGGGACUGUAUUUGAUGACAUCAACUAUUCUGGCUGCAUUCCCCAACAGCAGUGCUCCUGUAUUUACAAUGGCAACACCUACGCUACAGGAACUUCUUUUUCAGAGCAGUGCCGUUCCUGUACCUGUAAUGGAGGCCAGUGGAGCUGCCAAGACAUGUCAUGCCCAGGAGUAUGUUCAGUAGAGGGAGGUUCGCACAUUACCACAUACGAUAAAAAACAUUAUGAUCACCAUGGAGACUGUACUUACAUCCUUUCUAAGCACUGUAAUGAUGAUGAAACCUUCACCAUCCUGGUAGAACUACGCAAAUGUGGCCUGACAGACACUGAGACAUGCUUAAAGACAGUGACCCUCAACAUGAAUAAAGGACAAACUCUCAUCGAGGUGAAACCUGAUGGUGGUGUGUUUGUGAACUCGAUCUACACCCAGCUGCCCUUCUCAGCAGCUAAUUCCACCGUGUUCAGACCAUCAUCAUUCUUCAUCAUCAUGCAGACAAAAUUUGGUGUCCACCUUGAAAUCCAAAUCACACCUAUCAUGCAAGUAUAUGUGCGACUGGAUCCUAUUUUCAAAGACCAGACCUGUGGUCUCUGUGGAAAUUUCAAUAAUAUCCAGACUGAUGACUUCAUGGCCAUAAGUGGAAUAAUUGAAGGAACAGCAACAGCAUUUGCUAAUACGUGGAGAACUCAGGCUUCAUGCCCUAAUAUCCAGCGCAGUUUUGAGAACCCUUGUGCACUCAGCAUUGAUAAUGAAAAAUAUGCUCAGCAUUGGUGUGGACUACUAACUGACAAGCAAGGACCUUUUGCUGAUUGUCACUAUGCAGUGAAUCCCUCUGUUUACUACACGAACUGCAUGUUUGACACAUGCAACUGUGAAAAUAGUGAGGACUGUCUGUGUGCAGCCCUGUCUUCCUACGUGAGAGCAUGUGCUGCAAAAGGAAUCCAGCUGAGUGGAUGGAGGACUGACGUCUGUUCAAAAUACACCACCACAUGUCCCAAAUCCCUAAGCUACAGCUAUACCAUCUCUUCCUGUCAACCCACUUGUCGGUCUCUGAGUGAGCCUGAUGUCACAUGCAACAUUAAGUUUGUCCCAGUCGAUGGCUGUACCUGCGUAAAUGGAACCUACAUGGAUGAAAGUGGCAAAUGUGUGCCUGCUAAUGAAUGCCCCUGCUACUAUAGAGGAUCUCCCAUACCAUUUGGAGAAGUUGUCCAUGAAAAUGGGCUUGUAUGCACUUGCAUCCAGGGAAGACUGAAUUGCAUUGGAACACCCAGUCCAACUCCAGUUUGUGAAUCUCCUAUGGUCUACUUCGAUUGUGGAAACAUCACCGCAGGAAUAACUGGAGCAGAAUGUCAAAAAAGUUGCCAGACUCUGGAUAUACAGUGUUAUAGCACACAAUGUACAUCUGGUUGCGUAUGCCCAGCUGGGCUUGUGUUGGAUGGGAAUGGUGGCUGUAUUCCUGAAGAGGAAUGCCCGUGUAUUCACAAUGAAGUCAUUUAUCAGCCUGGGGAAAAGAUCAACGUUGACUGUAACACCUGUGUAUGCAAGAAUAGGAAGUGGGAAUGCACGGAAGAGGAAUGUCUGGGCACUUGUGCUAUUUAUGGAGAUGGUCAUUAUAAUACCUUUGAUGACAAGAGGUUCAGUUUCAACGGAAACUGUGAAUAUACACUAGUCCAGGACCACUGUGGGACAGUCAAUGGGACAUUCAGGGUUGUCACUGAAAAUAUUCCCUGUGGCAACACUGGGACAACUUGCUCAAAAUCUAUCAAAGUUUUCUUAGAGAGCUAUGAACUGAUACUUGGUGAGGAGCAUGUCAGUGUUGUAAAGAGAGGACAAAAUGAUGAGGUGCCAUACACACUCCGCUAUAUGGGUAUGUACAUAGUAAUUGAAACCACGAGCGGACUGAUCCUCAUGUGGGACAAGAAAACCAGCAUCUUCAUCAAGCUCAGCCCUGAUUUUAAGGGCCAGAUCUGUGGCCUCUGUGGAAAUUAUGAUGGCAACGGCAUCAAUGACUUUACUACAAGAAGUCAGUCUGUGGUACAGAAUGUCCUAGAGUUUGGAAACAGCUGGAAAGUAUCCUCUACAUGUCCUGAUGCUUAUAGCAUAAAGGACCCAUGUUCUACCAACCCUUAUCGAAAGUCCUGGUCAGAGAAGCAGUGUAGCAUCAUCAACAGCAACGUCUUCGCUGCCUGUCACUCUCAGGUUGAACCAGCAAAAUAUUAUGAAGCAUGCGUGACAGAUGCUUGUGCAUGUGACACUGGAGGAGACUGUGAUUGCUUUUGUACAGCAGUAGCUGCCUAUGCUCAAGCAUGUAGUGAAGUUGGUGUCUGCAUAGCCUGGAGAACCCCAUCAAUCUGUCCACUGUUCUGUGAUUACUACAACCAACAAGGGGAAUGUGAAUGGCACUAUAAACCUUGUGGAGCCUCCUGUAUGAAGACCUGUAGGAACCCAAGUGGAAAAUGCCUCCAUAACUUGCCAGGUUUAGAAGGAUGCUACCCUAACUGCCCACCAGACAAGCCAUAUUUUCAUGAGGAUCAGAUGAAAUGUGUCAGUCUCUGUGACUGUUACGAUAAUGAAGACGGAAAGAUAUACAAACGAGAUGAAUGUAACUUAUGUGAAUGUACAUCAGAAGGUUUGCAGUGCAAGUUCGAUGAUACAGCAUGCCACUGCAUUUAUGAAGGGAACAGCUAUAAAUAUGGUGAACUCAUCUACAACACCACAGAUGGAACUGGAUGGUGUUUCAGUGCAACAUGUGAUGUCAACGGAACAAUAAACAGAAAUAUCUUUAAAUGUGGCAUCUCUACAACACCACCAUUUACAUUUUCUACAAGUCAGCCCACAACUACUGCUUCAGAAAUGGCAACCACAACACCAGUAACAACUGUAUGUGUGAAGAAUGUAUGUGCAUGGUCAGAAUGGUACGAUUCCACACAGCCUGAAAACAAUGAGGACAGUGGAGAUUAUGAAACAUUUGAAAAACUCAGAGAUGAAGGAUACAGUGUGUGUGAAAACCCUAACGCUGUUCAAUGCAGAUCCAAAGAACACCCAGACACAGAAAUAAACAAUCUUAACCAAACGGUAGAAUGUAGUCAAAGCACAGGACUAAUAUGCAAUAACAAAGACCAACAAUCUAAGUACUGCUAUAAUUAUGAAAUCAGAAUAUCAUGCUGCAGCUACAUACCAUGUUCAGAAAUAGAAACUACAACACCAAGAACCACAGAAGAAUUCACGACGACUGCUGUAAAACCAACGCCAUAUACAUUACAGACAAGGAUAAAACCAACAACACAAAAACAAGAAACGGAAGCGCAAAAAACAGAAAUACCUACACUGUCACCAAGAGACAGAGAAAGCACAACAGGUUAUCAGACCAAGUCAACUCCAGCAGAAAUCACCUCUGUGGCAACGCAGACAUCAGCAUCACCAAGUACUGCCUCAACCCUCACAGAGUCAGCGAUGUCAACAACCACAGUCAGCACAGUUAUCAUCAGGACAAGACCUCUGCCAACAGAAGGUACAACCAUCAACACACCCACACCAACAGUGCCCACCUCAGCCAGUGCCACCACCACCACCUCCAGGACGACAACAGGAAGCACCACAACGUCCACAGCCACAUCUGCUCCAGUAGAAACCUCCACGGUAGCAACACAGCUUCCUACGUCAACCCCUACAGCCACCACUACCCCUGAAUCAAAACUAAGAACCACCACUGGCACCACUGCAAUCCCCAGUACCACUGUCCCACCAUCACAAGGCACGACGACCAUCAUCACUACCACCAGCAGCACCAGCACCACAAAGACCUCUCCGUCAACUCCACCAGGCACAACCAUCAUAAUACCCACCACACCCACACCAACAGUGUCCACCUCAGCCAGUAGCACCACCACUACAUCUAGAACCACUGCAGAAAGCACCACAAUGUCCACAGGCACAUCGGGUCCAGCAGAAACCUCCACGGUGGCAACACAGCCUCCUACAUCAACCACUACGGCAUCCACUACCCCCGAAUCAAAACUAAGAACCACUGCUGGCACCACUGCAAUACCCAGUACCGCUGUCCCACCAUCACAAGGCACGACCAUCAUCGCUACCACCAGCAGCACCAGCACCACAAAGACCUCUCCCCGUCUGACAGAAGGCACAACCAUCAUCACAUCCACAGCACCUGUGCCCACCGCAGAAACCACCACGACUGCCAUCACCUCCAAGACCACAAACGGGUGCCAGCAGCGCUGCGCCUGGACACAGUGGUUUAACCUGGACUCCCCUAGCUCUGGUAGCGAAAAUGGAGACAUAGAGACAUUUGCAAAAAUAAGAGCUGCUGGGUAUGCACUGUGCGACAAGCCACAAGAUAUCGAGUGCCGUGCUAAAGAUUACCCUGAUAGGAGUCUGGACAAACUGGGACAGAAAUUUGAGUGCAGCCUUGACGCCGGUCUUGUGUGCAGAAAUAAAGAUCAGAUCACAAAGUAUCCCUUUUGCUUUGACUAUGAGAUCAAGGUGCUGUGCUGUGACUGUCAGACAACAUCAGCACCAACAACAACCACUGCAGGCUACACACCCAGAGAAACCUCCACUGUGGGAAACGAAACUCCAGCAGCAGGAACUUCUGCCUCCACCCUCACCCAGCCAGCAACAGUAACCACCGCUGGCACCACAGUUAUCCUCAGCACCGCUGCCCCAACAACAAAAGGCACAACCAUCAUCACGACCACCAGCAGCACCAGCACCACAAAGACCUCUCCUCCACCACCACCACCAGGCACAACCAUCAUAAUACCCACCACAGCCACACCAACAGUGCCCACCUCAGCCAGUAGCACUGCCACCACCUCCAGAACCACUGCAGAAAGCACCACAACAUCCACAGCCACAUCUGCUCCAGUAGAAACCUCCACGGUGGCAACACAGCCUCCUACAUCAACCACUACGGCAUCCACUACCCCCGAAUCAAAACUAAGAACCACCGCUGGCACCACUGCAAUCCCCAGUACCACCGCCCCACCAUCACAAGGCACGACCAUCAUCACAACCACCAGCAGCACCAGCACCACAAAGACCUCUCCUCCACCACCACCACCAGGCACAACCAUCAUAAUACCCACCACAGCCACACCAACAGUGCCCACCUCAGCCAGUAGCACUGCCACCACCUCCAGAACCACUGCAGAAAGCACCACAACAUCCACAGCCACAUCUGCUCCAGUAGAAACCUCCACGGUGGCAACACAGCCUCCUACAUCAACCACUACGGCAUCCACUACCCCCGAAUCAAAACUAAGAACCACCGCUGGCACCACUGCAAUCCCCAGUACCACCGCCCCACCAUCACAAGGCACGACCAUCAUCACAACCACCAGCAGCACCAGCACCACAAAGACCUCUCCUCCACCACCACCACCAGGCACAACCAUCAUAAUACCCACCACAGCCACACCAACAGUGCCCACCUCAGCCAGUAGCACUGCCACCACCUCCAGAACCACUGCAGAAAGCACCACAACAUCCACAGCCACAUCUGCUCCAGUAGAAACCUCCACGGUGGCAACACAGCCUCCUACAUCAACCACUACGGCAUCCACUACCCCCGAAUCAAAACUAAGAACCACCGCUGGCACCACUGCAAUCCCCAGUACCACCGCCCCACCAUCACAAGGCACGACCAUCAUCACAACCACCAGCAGCACCAGCACCACAAAGACCUCUCCUCCACCACCACCACCAGGCACAACCAUCAUAAUACCCACCACAGCCACACCAACAGUGCCCACCUCAGCCAGUAGCACUGCCACCACCUCCAGAACCACUGCAGAAAGCACCACAACAUCCACAGCCACAUCUGCUCCAGUAGAAACCUCCACGGUGGCAACACAGCCUCCUACAUCAACCACUACGGCAUCCACUACCCCCGAAUCAAAACUAAGAACCACCGCUGGCACCACUGCAAUCCCCAGUACCACCGCCCCACCAUCACAAGGCACGACCAUCAUCACAACCACCAGCAGCACCAGCACCACAAAGACCUCUCCUCCACCACCACCACCAGGCACAACCAUCAUAAUACCCACCACAGCCACACCAACAGUGCCCACCUCAGCCAGUAGCACUGCCACCACCUCCAGAACCACUGCAGAAAGCACCACAACAUCCACAGCCACAUCUGCUCCAGUAGAAACCUCCACGGUGGCAACACAGCCUCCUACAUCAACCACUACGGCAUCCACUACCCCCGAAUCAAAAAUAAGAACCACUGCUGGCACCACUGCAAUACCUGGCACCACUGCAAUCCCCGGUACUACUACUCUACCAACCCAAGGUACAACCAUCAUUACUGAGACAAGCAGAGCCAGCACCUCCAGCACCUCUCCAGCUCCAAUACAAGGAACAACCAUCAUCACACCCACACCAACCACAGCGCCCAGCUCAGCCAGUAGCACCACCUCCAGAAACACUGCAGAAACCACCAAAAUGUCCACGGCUACUUCUGCUCCAGAAGAAACUUCCACGGUGGCAACACAGCCUCCUACAUCAACCACUAUGGCAUCCACUACCCCCGAAUCAAAACUAAGAUCCACCGCUGGCACCACUGCAAUCCCCAGCACAACCAUUAUCACAACCACCACAGCCACACCAACAGUGCCCACCUCAGCCAGUAGCACUGCCACCACCUCCAGAACCACUGCAGAAAGCACCACAACAUCCACAGCCACAUCUGCUCCAGUAGAAACCUCCACGGUGGUAACACAGCCUCCUACAUCAACCACUACGGCAUCCACUACCCCCGAAUCAAAAAUAAGAACCACCGCUGGCACCACUGCAACCUUCAUCUCUUCUCCAAGCACUCGUGUAAUACCAGAAACAAGUACAUAUGUUACACCGAGCAGAACAACUCCAUGUUUUUGUCACGUGUUUGGCAAUUUGUUUUCUCCUGGUGAAGUUGUAUAUAACAGAACAGAUAGUGCUGGCUGCAAUUUUUAUGCACUUUGCAGCAAGGAAUGCGAAAUUGACCCUUUCCAGGGACCCUGUCCUUCGACAACUCCUUUCACUCCAGUUGCCUUAGAAACUACAACAGAAGCCGCCUCAUCCCCAGAACAUGUAUUUUCUUCUGUCUCUCCAACCACAGCGACAUCUCUCACAACUUCAGUAGAAAGGAACUGUACUGAUGUCAAUCCUCCACGAAAGCCUGGAGAGAACUGGAUAAGUGAAUGCCAGAAGUGUGUCUGUGACCCUCUCACUGCUACCGUACAAUGCCAGCCGCUCCAAUGCCAAACAGUUCAGAAACCAGUUUGUGACCUAGGAUUUAUUUCCAUGCCUGUACUACCACCGAAAGAUCCAUGUUGUCCUGAAUUUGAAUGCCAACAAAUACCUGACAUCUGUGUGAUUGACGGUACAAUGUACACGGUUGGGAUGUCAACAAUAAUCGAUUCAUGUAAGAAAUGUACCUGCAGUUCUGUGAAAGAUCCGGUGACUAAGGCAAAUAUUGUACAUUGUGAAACAGUUCAAUGUGAAAGCUCUUGCCCACCGGGUCAUCAAUAUAUGAUUGAAGAUGGAGAGUGCUGUGGGAAAUGUAUUGAAGUAGCUUGCGCAAUCAAACUAAGUAAUGACACUGUUCAUGUGCUCAAUGUUGAUGAGAUCCUGCCACUCGACCAGUGCAGCCAUUACAAAUGUGAAAAAAUUGAAGAUCAAUUUGUUGCAGUCCAAACUAAAAAAGUUUGCCCUGAGUACAACCCAGGAGAGUGCGAUCCUGAUGAAGCAGAGACUACUCCUGAUGGCUGCUGCAAAAUAUGUAAACCUACGAACUGCAAACCUUACAGCAAAAAAACUGUGAUCCGUCAUGGUGACUGUGAAUCCCCUGAACCUGUUGAGCUGGCAUACUGUGAAGGAACUUGUCCUGGCUCCUCGGUGUAUUCUCUUGAAGCAAACCAGAUGCAACAUGAUUGUAGCUGCUGCCACGAGUUCAGCACCCAAACAAGAGAGGUGACAUUAACUUGCCAAAAUGGAACAAGCAUAAAUUAUAACUAUGUCUACGUGGAACAAUGCCAGUGUAUGAAUGCAUGCACUUCGCAAACUUCUGCACCACCUGGCUCCCAAUUGAACCAAAUUGCAGCAUAUGGUUCGCAAUUGAAAAUCAGAAGAAGAAAGAGAUGAUGGUUGGAAAAAGAAAGCAGAGACCCUAGGGAAGCUGGAAUCACAUUUUCCUCCAAAUAACUUGUACUCCUUCCCUAACAGAUCUUCCAUCAGUUUCUGUUACCACCUUUUGGAAAAGUUAUAUAACAUGUUUUGGGAAAAAAAGGUUUAGACGGUCUCUGAAAAAUAAAACCAGAAACCAUUGUAGCUACAUUGCACUUAACUCUUGUGCCUAGAGAAAGCUUUAUUACAUAUCAUUUUUAUGGAUGUAAUAGUCCUG